CGUCACUUCUGCUAAAAUGGAUGACAGCAUCAUUUUCACAGACGGAUAAUAAUUAGGCAUAUAUAUGUCUUAGAAGCUGAUGGGUGCGUGAGCGCAUCCGUAUUUAGAUUUUAUUUCGUUACAUGAACAGAAGAUCCUUUUAAAAAUGGCAGCAAUCACAGAAACUGUGUAUGGAACGUCUGAGGAAGGACAUGUCAUGUCCGAAAAGGUUUCCUCGUUAGCCACAAAUAUUUACAAAGAAUUUGAGAGAAUGAUUAAAAAAUACGAUGAAGAUGUGGUGAAAGAACUAAUGCCACUUAUUGUUGGGCUACUUGAGGGACUUGAUCAGUCUCUUGCAGACAAGCAAGAAGCAGAUGUUGAGUUAGAACUACUGAGAGAUGAUAAUGAGCAGCUCCUUACACAGUAUGAAAGGGAAAAGCAACUUAGAAAGGCUGCAGAACAAAAAUACUUGGAGAUGGAGGAUGCUGUUGAAGGAGAAAAGAAAUCCAUGCAAGAUAAACUAGAAAGCCAAGAGUCCGUCAUAAGGAUGCUUGAAUUAAAAGUAAAAAAUUCUGCAGAUCAUGUGUCUAGGAUGGAAGAAAAAGAAGUAGAAUUGAAGAAAGAAUACACAAAGCUACAUGAAAGAUACACAGAGCUAUUUAGAUCACAUAUGGACUACAUGGAAAGAGCCAAGAUUGUCAUGGGCUCAGACAGAAUGGAAGUAUCCAACAGUCCUCGUUCUAACCUGAGAACAGUAGGCGUUCAGACUCGGAUGUUACUGCUGAGGACUGAUAGUGAGAAGAGUGACCUGGAUUCUCUCCCUUAUCGCCAAACAGAGCCAGUGUUAGGAGGAGGAUUUCAGCUACCCAGUCUGCGUCCAGUCAGUAUUGCCUAUGGUCAAAACAUCUCGGCUCGGCCAGGAAGUACACCUCCAAGCUUUAGCAGUUUCGAUGACAUGAUGUCACCGCAAAGUGUGGCAGACUCCAAUGUUAGUCUACAAAGUGAGCUUGGAGAACUGGAAUCUCCCCGCGGUGCCAAAGACAAGCAGAAGGAGACAAAGAUGUGUGACCAGGGUCAAGUGACGGACAGUAUUAAUGUCAGAGAAUUUGCCACCGCUACAAAACCUAAGAAUAAUACUGAAGAAAGUAGCAGUGCGACACAACCAAAAGAUUCUCAGGAAGUGAAAGUAGAAAAAGACAAUCAGGGUUCUAAUGAAAUAAAUACUCAAGUAUCUGAAAGUGAAACUAAAACUAUAGUGUCUCCUGAAGUCAGUGAUAGUGCAGCUAGUCAAAAUUCUCAACAAGUCACUCAGUCCAGCGAGAGGACUGAAGUUACAAUAGAGAGUGAUAGUAAAUCAGUCACUGUAGAAAAGUCAGAUAAUAAAGUCUCAGACAAUCAGACUGUUACUAGUUCCCCUGAAGUUAUAAAACCUACCUCUGAGUUAAAGGCAUCCACCCCCCACCCCGAGGACAGUAAUAGUGGUAGGGAAAGACAUGAUAGUAGAUUAAGUAUAGAGGAGGAGGAGGCAGAGUUUGAGGAAGACAAAAUUAUGGAUUUCAGUCAUAGCAUUUAUACGCCAGGUUUGGAUCACACUUUGGCUAAAAUUAUAGCUACAACACCAGAGCUUCAAGAAAUGGAGGAAUCUGUGUCAAGUGUUUGGUCAACAAAAUCCAGAGGAGGACCGAGAAAUAAUGAAUCCAUAUUUGAGGAGCUGCAUUCUCAGGAUACAGAGAUCAUUGGGGAUAACUUUGGCAUCACAGGACGGGAGGUAAACCCUGGAGACUAUGCCUCAUCAGACUCUGAAAAUGAGGAUGAAAGUGAAAGACGUUCUACUGUGAGUGAUAACUUCUUUGGAAUGGGAAAAGAACUAGAGAACUUAAUUCUAGAAAACACAGAAUUACUAGAGACAAAGAAUGCUUUAAACAUUGUCAAGGAUGACUUGAUUGCCAAAGUGGAUGAUCUCUCUGGUGAGGUAGAAAUUCUUAAGGAAGAAAUAAAUAACCUACAAGGUGUAAAAACAAAGUUAAAUACAAGGAUAAAAGAAUUAGAAGAUGAACUCAAGAAAACCAAGGAAGAACUGGAGAAGAAAAACAAUGCAGCCAAGGAAGGAGAAGAGGAGGAUGAUGUACCGAUGGCCCAGAGGAAGAGAUUUACCCGAGUGGAGAUGGCCCGAGUCCUGAUGGAGAGGAAUCAGUAUAAGGAGAGACUGAUGGAGCUACAGGAGGCGGUCCGGUGGACGGAGAUGAUCCGGGCCUCCAGGGAACAUCCGGAGGCCUCCAGUAGUCCACAGAAACAGAAAAAAGGAUCCGUCUGGAACUUCUUCAGCAACCUAUUCAGCAGUAGUUCACCCAGUAAACCAAGCAAGAAGCCCAGCAAUGUACCGAUAGCCACCAUCAAGUACAACGCCCCCACCACCCAAGUCCAACCCGUGGGGGACCCCAACAGGAGGUCACGAGAACUGUAUAAAAUGGGGGACAAGGCUAAAGCCUACGACUUCCUACAGGAUGAUCUGACACGAAUCAGUUCAUCCAAUGUUCAAAAAUUAUUAGAAGAAUUACAAGACAAGAAAAAAUCUGCAAGUUUUGUACAUGUUGAGGCAACAGAUGCAGGAGCCAGUAAAAUAGAAUCACUACUAGAGGACCCUGUCAUAACCUCUCAGCCCAAAAUGUCAGAAAAGGCCAAAAAAGAGAGAGAAAAGGAGCGACAAGAACAAUACAAACAAGUGCGAGCUCACGUUAAGAAGGAUGAUGGACGUCUUCAGGCCUAUGGCUGGAGCCUUCCUGCCAAAUUCCAGCCCUCGGUCAGGGAGACUCCAGCCAAGCGUGAAGUGCCUGUACCAGUACCUGUCUACUGUAGACCCAUACUGGAAAAGGAGCCGGGACUGAAGAUCUGGUGUGCCGCUGGUGUAAAUUUAACAGGAGGUAAAACCAGAGAUGGGGGAUCUGUUGUAGGGGCCAGUGUUUUCUAUUCCAGUCCCCCCGAGUCUGAGACUGACCCCAGGAAAGGGGUCAAGGACGAAGUGGACAGACUCAACCAAGAACUCAAGGACCAUGAAAAAGGUCUGAAGGAUGCAGAGAAGGAGCAGAUGUCUUCAUUGGUAUGGAUUUGUCACAGUACUGGUUCCCACACCAAGGUGUCAGUGAUAGAUGCUAACAGUCCUGGUGAUAUCCUGGAAACCUUCAAAGUCUCUUCCUCUCCUGUACUCUGUAUAGCAAGCGUGGCAGGAGCCCUGGAGUCUGACUACCCUGUUGAUGAGGAGAUUCUUAAGGCAGAGUCUUACCCCCAGUACAAACCUCCCCCACCCUCCAGUGACAACUCCCAAACAGAGAACAGUGGUAUGGGAGGUAUAAUGUUUGUACAGUGUGCCACAGGAAACAACAGUCAACCAUCCUCCCCUCAGGUGUCUCCUGUAGGAUCCUACAAAUCUAAAGAAGUCACUCCUGAGCAUAAGAGUAACCUGAAUGCUGUAGCCCAAGCAUUGACCUCUAAUGAAGAGAAAGUAGACACAGAGGUGGAACACAAGGAUAAGUUUGAUACGGAAAGUAUCAUGUCCGAUCGUAGUUACGAAGUACAAUUUGGUGGGGAUGAUGCCCAGCCUUCUGUGUUUAAAGCCAAAGGUUCCCCGGCUGUCUCCGGCACCAACACCCCUGUAUCCCGCUCCUCCCUGGCCUCCCUGGACCACCACCGACACUCGGAGUUAAUCAGGGACGGACUCAGUCCGAUGUCAGUGGACAGCGACGUCCAGUUUGAGGAGACUGAGAAAAUGACCAGUGUUUUACCCACUAUCUGGCUGGGGACACAAACAGGAGGUCUGUACGUACAUUCCUCAGUGGCACAGUGGAGAAGAUGCUUAUACUCUGUCAAACUAAGAGAUUCAGUUCUCAAUAUUGUACAUGUGAAAGGGAGAGUACUAGUAGCUCUGGCAGAUGGAACAAUCUCCAUAUUCCAUCGAGACACAGAUGGUCAGUGGGACUUGCAGAAUUAUCAUCUCUUGGACCUGGGAAAACCACAUCACUCUAUCCGCUGUAUGACUGUGAUAGCAAAUAAACAUGUUUGGUGUGGGUAUAGGAAUAAAAUCCAUGUCAUUGAGCCAAAGAACAUGACCAUAGAGAAAACCUUUGAUGCCCACCCUCGUAAGGAGAGCCAGGUCAGACAGUUGGCAUGGGUGGGAGACGGUGUCUGGGUCUCAAUACGUCUAGACAGUACACUCCGUCUUUACCAUGCCUACACACACCAGCACCUACAGGACGUAGACAUUGAGCCAUAUGUCAGUAAAAUGUUAGGAACUGGUAAACUUGGAUUUUCCUUUGUACGUAUCACUGCCAUGUUGAUCUCCUGUAACAGGCUCUGGAUAGGCACUGGAAAUGGAGUCAUUAUUUCUGUGCCUCUGUCGGAGAGUAAUAAGCAGACCGUGUCCAGUGGACCAAGUGGGGGCCGACCGGGAGGAAUUGUAAGGGUGUACAGUGACACACAGACAGACAGUGUCACACCGGGAACUUUUAUCCCCUACUGUUCUAUGGCACAGGCUCAGCUUUCAUUCCAUGGCCACAGGGAUGCUGUCAAGUUCUUUGUAUCUGUUCCAGGGUCUCCUAGGAAAGGACUAAGUGCAGCUACAGUGAGUGAGGAGGGAGAUGACAACAAAUCUCGACACGAGGCUGUUCCUACGGAGGACAGCAGCUCUCGGCUGAUCCUGUCAGGAGGAGAGGGAUACGUAGACUUCAGAAUAGGUGAUGGGGAUGAUGAUAAUCCAGAGGAGGAGGAGAAGAAGUUGUCCCUCAGCAAGGGGGACAAGAGCCAUCUGAUCGUGUGGGAGGUGGCCCAAACCAAGUAACCACCACAGGGAACCAUACAGGAUGGAGGAGGUGUCAGAUAAAGGAACCACUGUAGGGAACCCUGGGGGAGAUACCAGACACUUGUCUAUAUAUUACAUAUGCACUCUGUAUGCAUACAUUACCACUUUGUGUAUCAGGCUUCAGCUCAUAUGCUUGUACAAAGGGGGAAUAAUUUUCUCCUGCAGAUGACCUUUAUAUUAUCAAAAUAUGUAAUAUUAUCUUCCUGAUAAGGUCAUAUGAAACUAUGUAUAAAUGUGCAUCAAAAGCAAUGAUCUCUGUUGUACUCAAUAGUUUUGUUUCACAUGGUGGCAUUGUUUAAUGGAGAAACAAAUGUAAUUUUGUUCUUGAAUUAUUUAUCCAUCUAACACUACAGUGAGAGGAACUAAAGGAAAGAUGUGUUAGUGUAUAUAAAUAUUUAUCCUCCUAACAGUGGGAGGAUUUCGAGGGAGGAUGUGUUAGUAUAUAUGGCAUUUCUGUUUAUUUCAUAUUUAGUUCAAUCCUUAUCUUCAUUAUGUGCAAUAUCUAUCCUGUUGAUAUUUCAAAUUUUAUUCAUAGCUAGUUUUUAGUGUUACAUGUUUAUUUAUUAUUUGGUUCUACAGAAAACAUAGCCAGAAUAAAAAUAGAAGUUUUCAAAAUGGGGAAGAUGUUUGUAUAAGCCUUUAUUUUAACAUCAACAAUGUUUUAAGGACCUCAGACACAUUCAGUUUAAUGUAAGCUUGAUGUAUUGUUUUCCAAUUAAAUCAUUUUUUAUUUGUUAUUCAGUGUACAUUUUACACAAUGACAGAACAAGUAUGUUUUUAUGAAACCAAGGAAGUGUUUAAAGUUUAGUUGACACAGAUGUAAUAUCCAAAUAUUAAUGUAUAGGUUUUAUCUCCCUUAUUUUUUCAAGUACAAGUACCUCUGAAGUAUUUUAUUUUUUAAGUCGAAGAUCCCCUUCUUACAAAUGUAUAAAGCAACCAGAAAAAAAUGAGAACAACAUAUAAAAAUAUUUGGUAGAAAAUCUAACAAUGUCAGUUUUUUUUUCUUCAGGAUUUAAGGUCAGAUAACUCUGUCAAAGAAGUCUGUAUUAUUUCUAAAUGUGUAUGUCUCUUUAUUUUGGGCAGUUUCUUUUUUUUUCUUAAUUUAGACUUGAAAACUGAUAAAACCAAAUUUUGGUAUGAUCAUGUUGCUCUUAUUGUUGAAGUUUCUUUUAGAAAUGUUAAGCCUAAAUUAAGUGAAUUGAGCUACAGUAAAUAAUGUGUAUUUCUCCUGUAAAGAAGCGAUAUUAUUGAGGAGAAGGACUAUUAUUGUGUGUAUGUUGUCCAUGCAUGUUAAAGAUACUGAGCUUGAUUUAUGAUAAUCAUGAAUAAAGCUGCAAUUUCA